CAUGAUGGGAGAGUAGCAAGCACAAAUGAGCGGAACCACAAGCCCAGCAUGGAUGAGCUGCCGACUCCUGGCUACGGACAGCCCAUCAAUGGCGAACCCGGCAUUGUACAUAGGAGCCUCACACAUCAUGCAACAGCAAGACUCUCCCAAGUACGAGGUCGAUCUGAAAACUGACUUGCUCAAGGCUUUCAAGGCCAUCAACACUCCCGGGACGUUUGCCGCGUGGGAGGCGCUUCCGACAACACCGCCGGCGGGACUCCAUGUCAAUGGACUCGGAGAGAUCCCGAUGCCCCUCGGCCAAGCACAGCUCCAACGUCUCAUCACCAUAGCACACCAGGCUCCCUAUGGCCGCGGAAGCGAGACAUUGGUCGAUCUGUCUGUCCGCAACACCUGGGAAAUCCACGCGCAUCAGUUGCUUUUUCUCGAUGCAGCAUGGCAAGGCUAUCUUUUCGAGCUAAGCAAGCUCGUCGCCGGUCAUCUAGGCAUCACUGGGCCAAUUCGAAUGGAGCUCUACAAGAUGCUCAUAUAUGAACCCGGGGCCAUGUGCAAGCCCCACACCGACACUGAGAGGACUCCAGGCAUGUUUGGAACUCUGAUAAUCUGUUUGCCAUCAGCCCACACAGGUGGUGAAGUCCUUGUUAGGCACAAUCGCGAGUGCAAGGUUUUGAGAUCAUCGGACGCAACCCAGUCUUUCGCUUGCUGGUACUCGGACGUCACUCAUGAGGUUCUGCCCGUCCACUCCGGCUAUCGAUGCGUCUUGACUUACAACCUGGCCGUCACCCCGGGUCUUACCCGGCCAGCAGCAGGCGCACUCGAUUUUCAAAGGUUUCCACUUCGGAAAACGCUCUACUGUUGGUUGGGAGAACUGGCCAACAAUGACGCGACGGAUGUGCCGACUCACCUCUAUCAUGCCCUUGAUCACGAAUACACUAACGCCUCCAUGUCCUUUAGCGCACUCAAGGGCAAAGACUGGGCUCGGGUACAGGCAUUACAAGCUGUUGCACACGAGUUUCCUUUCGAAAUCUUCUUGGCGUUAUUGGAGAAAAAGGAAGAUGGACCCGUCGAUGAUCACUAUCGCGAUAAACAUCGGGGAUUCGGAUGGGGACGUUGUGCAUAUGCUAUGGACUCCGACGGUGAUGAUGACGAAGAUGAUGAGGAUAAACAUCAUGAACUAACUGAAGUGUCAGAGACAAGCUACACGGUCGAAUCACUCCGAACACUUGAUGGCAGAACAGUUGCCAGAGACUAUCCCUUCGACAUGUGUUCUUGUCUGCUGAACGAUCCCUUCGAGCUUUUGAAGAUUGCCGAGGAAGAAUACGAACCCUACAUGGGAAAUUGGGGUCCUUCUGCCACCCAUUGGUAUCGCCGCUCAGCUGUUGUCAUAGUCCCCCGUCAAAAUCUUGCAGCAUAUCUAGCUCAAUGCACAUCUGAAUCCGAGGACGAAUCAAAUUUCUACUCAGCACUAGGCCACCUCCGAAAAACAUUUUCCCACCCUGCAGAUUUUGGACUCCUGCUAGAUGCAAUGUCUGUGCUGGCCGAAUCACUUCCCACAGGACUGCUUGUUGGAAGUACAAUCACAGAGAUGCUCACAACUGCCCUUCAAUGCUCUCACUACAAGCUAUUCCAGACUGUUUCAGCUCACCACAAGGGUCAGUUACCCGUUAAGUUUUUUGAUUGGGCAAACGGCUGGCUCGAUACGCUUCCGUAUGCUGACCGUGCUGAGAUGUACAAGACGUGGAUGCCAUUACCCAUUCAAGGGUAUCCAUCUGUGGCAGAUCGCAUCAGCGCCAUUGUGAAGAUAUCGUCAAAUCCGAUGUAUGCCCCGGCUGGACUAGUUGAAGCACUCCCAAGUGUGAGCACCUGGGCACAAGAUCAAAUCUUGCAAGUUGUCACAGGAUUCCUCGAGGAAACCAAGAAUCCCGCCGCUGAGAAUGUCGACGUGAUUAUGUCUGCUGUCAUUUAUCUCGAUGAGACACGCACAUCGGCGCUUCUCACAUCGAUAUUUGUCCGCUUUCCUGGCACCAACGCCAUUGCAUUCUUACUCGUGUUGCUUUCUCGCCUUAAGGCUCAAAUAGCAGUGGCCCAUCCCUCAAGUAUCCACACCACGGAACUCUACAGAAUCCUGAGCUUGCGUGUUUUUAACCGGGACAGGAAGCUUGCGGACAUCAUCACUGAAGGAAAAAACAAGUCGUCAUAUAUCAGCCAAGCCGGCCAGGUGGUGACUCCCCCAACUCUGGUUCAAUUUGCUUGCGAUCUCCACGAUAUGAGCACCGAUACAACAGAUUUACUCCAGCAGUUCAUCCAGGAAAUUGUUGAACAACUCUCUACUUUCUCUGCUGUAGACAUGCGCAACUUCUGGAUACCGUUCCUCCAUCAACUCAUUCCGGCUCUGCUCUCUCGAUCAGUCUUGCUUACCACACCAACCUAUCAGCGGCUGAUCUGUGAUAGUAUUAUGACUUUCAUCAAGGUCAUCAAGAGUCCCACUGUAGCAGAUGUAGAGCUAAUCAUGCCUCCGGUCAUUCAUCUCAACGAGACAGUCACAGCUGCACUUUUCAAAUUAAUAUUUGAACACCUUCCAAAUGCGGAUGCUAUACCAUUUUUGCUCGCUUUACUUUCUCGGCUGAAGGCUCAAGCAGAAGCAGCAGCUUCCCCGGAUUCCAACACCAGGGAUCUCUACAGAAGCCUUAGCCCGUGUGUUUUCAAUUCAAAGAGGAAGCUUUCUUGCAUCCCCACCAAAGGAAAAUUACCACCGAUAUACUUGAAUAAUAAUCCUAAAACCGAGCAGGCAGUGACUCCAGAGGCCCUGCUCCGAUUUGCUUGUGAUCUCAGCGACAUGAGCACCAAUGCAGAUUUACUGCAGUCGUCGAUUCAAGAGAUCAAUGCCCAAUGCGCUACUUUCUCCGCUGCAGAUAUGCGCGAGCUCUGGAUGCCAUUCCUCUAUCAACUUAUUCCGGCUCUGGUCUCUCGAUCUUUGUCGCUCAACACGCCGGCGUAUCAGCAGCUUACUCAGCAAUUCAUCAAACACUUGAAUGCAAAAACUGUUGGGAUCUGCCCUCAAGCCACAUCGGGAACCGUCUCUCAAAGCCCUCAAGUGACCUGCGCAUGCCCCGAUUGUGGGAAGCUCAACCAAUUCCUCCAAGCGACCUCCCAACGUGUCGGAAGCUUCUCAAUGGCCCAAAGCCGGCGCAUGCACUUGGAGCAGCAACUCGUUCGUGCCCGAAUUGACUGCACUUGCACAACUGCGCGCACCGGAAGCCCCCAAACACUGGUUGUCACCAAACAUUACCUCCUAAAGGACAAGAUUGGCGCAUGGAACAAACGACAAAAGGAAUUCUACACAGCCGUUAGCCAGAGGAUCAAACAAGAGCACCUGAAGAGCCUUCUCGGUGACGAACAAGCUACUCGUAUCCAAUCCUUAGCAACGCUCAAUAACGCGGGGACUACAACUAAGAACGCAGCGACUCCAACUAAGAACGAAGCAACUCCAACUAAGAACGCGGCGACUCCAUCUAAGAGCGCGCCUGCUACGAUUAAGAACACAGCUUCUACAAGCAAGAACAAGAACGUAGCUGCUAUGCUUAUGAAGGCAGCUGCUACGCCUCAGCGCAAAAAAUGAUUGGUCUCCUUCACAGUAUUCCAACUCUCAAAAACAGAUGGGAUGUGUUGUCUCCCUGCUUGUUGUACAUCACAAUGAUCUAACAGUGAUCUCAUGGCAACUCUUUGAAUGCAAUCAUCAGUGCAUGUGGCCUUCCUUGAUAUGAUAGGCUAUCGAAAUUGUUGCCAAUAAACCUGUUUACCUCCCUAUGGCAAUCUUUCCUAUUUCUGAGAGUAUGUGGUCCCUCAUCCUUAAAACACAAUCUCGAAUAAUCUAGGUUUGGAAGGUCAAACUUGGGUUGAAUAUUCAGGGCUGCAGGUUUCCAGUGGUGGCCAAGUUGAGCAAGCCCAAUAUUGUGCCUUGAAGGGAUCAAAUG